AUGAACGUUACCGUCAGUAAUGAAGUCACGGACGAGCUCUUAGGUCCAUUCGAGUUGAGCGAUGAUAUAACCUUGAUGGACUUCAUGGCACUUAUAGACUUCGAUGAGAAUGAACAGGCUCUUUGGCAUAAUAUGCGGCAGUUAAAAUCGGUCGACCGGGAGAAGACACUAAUGCAACUGGGCAUAGUUGGAGAGUCGUUGGUGGUUGUGAAGGCGAUAAAGAAGAAGGCCACCGAAGGCUCUACAACACGGGCGUCAAAGGCCUCCGCAAAGGCUGCAAAGGCGGCUGCAAAGGCGGCUGCAGUCGCUAGGGACACACCUGCGGAACAAGCUACGACUGUGAGCCCUGUUGCGCAAGUACCUGUUGCUGUAUCGCCGGCGGUAACUGCGGCGGUACCCACACAGCCGACCAGCCCUAGCGGUGGACCUGCAGCCGCCAACGAUAUUAUUACACCCGAAGACGAGUAUAUUGAAACUUUCCGAAAAUCAUUGCUCAACAGUCCCUCGCUAGCAUCCAAUAUCCCGAUACCUGGUGUGAAUCAGCUGAUUCAAGACAGUCAACUUUUCAAGCAGCUUAUAGGGCCUGUACUGUUGCACAGAAGGGCUCAGCAGCAAGCUGCUAACCAGAUGGGCACCGCACAGAGUGAAUAUGUGAAGCUCAUGAGUAACCCUGAUGAUCCUAGUAACCAGGCGCGCAUUUCUGAGCUGAUCAAUCAACAGGAGAUAGACGAACAGCUACACAAGGCCAUGGAGUAUACGCCGGAGGUUUUUGCAUCGGUGAAUAUGCUUUAUAUUAACAUGGAGAUCAAUGGACAUCCUGUGAAGGCGUUCGUCGAUUCUGGAGCACAGUCCACCAUAAUGUCAACUGCUCUAGCAGAGAGGACCGGAUUGGGCCGCCUUGUUGAUAAACGGUUUCGCGGAAUUGCCAGGGGAGUAGGUAAGGGAGAGAUCAUCGGCAGGGUCCAUGCGGCCCAAGUCAAGAUUGAGACACAGUUUAUUCCCUGUAGCUUCAUUGUAUUAGACACCAACGUCGACCUCCUUUUAGGAUUGGAUAUGCUCAGGAGAUAUCAGGCCUGUGUUGAUCUAAAAGAAAAUGUGUUAAAGAUUGCUGGCAUUGUGACGCCCUUCCUUCCGGAGGCAGAGAUUCCUAAGCAUUUCGAUAUGGAUCCUAGUGCUGAGGCUACAAAUUUGCCGUCGACAUCCCCGCUGGGAAACCAGAAAGCUGCUCCAGAGGCUCGUGAUGCUGGUGUCGGAUCGGCUCUAUUGAACAGAUCAACCCCCGCGACCGCAGAACGCACUCAUGCUGAGGAAGACGUGCGGCGGCUAAUGGAUCUCGGAUUCUCCCGCGCAGAGGUAUUGAAAGCCUUGGACCACUCGCAGGGGAAUGCCGAAUAUGCCGCCGCAUUUUUAUUUCAAUAA